AUGUCGCAUCAAAUUGCACCUUACGGCCACUGGAUGAGCCCGCUUACUGCGGACCGUUUAGCCAAAGACAGCAUCACACUCCACGAAUUGGCCGUCGAUGAACCAACCAGGACCAUCUACUCUGUUGAGUGUCGUCCAACAGAAGACGGCCGCUAUGCUAUUGUCCAGCAUCGCGAUGGUAAAACCCAAGAUAUCUUACCCACAAACCUGAGCGCACACGCAAGUGUACAAGAGCUCGGAGGUGGCUCCAUUGCCAUGCACCACGAUGGACAAGUCAUUGUUGAAGACGAAGACUCAUGCAAUGUAUACAUAUUGAAUCCAGCAACAGGCGAAGCAAAACUUGUUCAUUCCGCGAUUGAGGGGAUCCGGUAUGCUGAUUUCUCUAGCCACCCCGCUGAUCCGGAGUGGAUCCUGGCUAUCAAGGAGGACCAUCGAGAAGCUACACCAGAAACACAGGCAACGCUUGUGCAUAACAAAUUGGUAAGUAUUAAUAUUGAAGCGGGGACAGAGAGCAUUAUUGCUGAGGGAGACGAUUUCUACUCCCAUCCGAAGUUUGACCCCUCGGGCCAGUAUGUAUCGUGGAUUCAAUGGUCGCAUCCAGAUAUGCCUUGGACAGGAACAGUUCUUUACUAUGCCCAAUGGAAGAAUGGAUCUCUGGAGAAUGUUACUCGCAUUGCUGGAAAGGGACAGCAGGAGAGUAUUGCUCAGCCAAAAUGGAGCCCAGAUGGGCUCUUGUAUUAUGCUAGUGAUCGCACUGGCUUCUGGCAGUUGUAUUUCUUUGACCCGAAGCAUCAGAAAGAAAGCAGUUUAUCAUUGAAGACUUUGGAAAACGCCGAUUUUGCAAAUGAUGAGUGGGAGCUUGGCAGUUCGACAUACAUCUUUCUCGAUGCCAAAACGAUAGUGGCAACGGUCAUCACCCACGCAACCGGCAAACUUGUACUGAUCGAUACUGAAGCCUCGUCUUUCCACGAUCUGGAGCUCCCAUAUGUGAUGGUCUACGACAUCCGUAAAGUAUCACAGAACUCCUUUGCGAUCGUGGGCACUGCAACCGCCUUCCCCGAGGAGCUCGCCUUGAUUUCAAUCACUGCAAAUUUCAAAGCUGAGAGAAAGGUCUUGACCUCAACCGCAACAUUUUAUCUUCCACCUGAAUACAUAUCCGUCGCGAAAGAACUCACGGCUCCUCAGAUCCACGGUCCAUUGACUGAUGGGCACGUCCACAUGUUCUACUUUCCACCCUGCAACCCCAAAUUCAAAGCAGACGACAAUAGCCCUCCCCCUCCUCUACUAGCAUAUGUCCACGGGGGUCCCAAUGGAUCUACCACACCAGCCCUAGACUUAGAAAUCCAAUCAUGGACCACCCGCGGCUUCGCAGUAUGUGCCGUGAACUACACCGGUUCUACAGGAUUCGGACGAGAGUACCGUGAGCGACUUUCCGGGUACUGGGGCUUAGUAGAUGUUGCCGAUGCGGUCAGCGCGGUCGAAUACCUCGUCAAGGAGGGGUUAGCAGACAAAGCACAUGUUGGAAUCUAUGGAGGCAGUGCAGGCGGAUACUUGACCCUACGCGCUCUGCACAUGUACCCGGAUGUCUGGUCCGCAGGCAUUAGUUCUUACGGAAUUAGCGAUGUACGAGCUUUGCAGGCUGACUCGUACAAGUUUGAGAGUCAGGAUGUCGAUCGAUUACUACUGAGCAAGACGGAAGCGGCUGAUCGGGAGGCAGAGCUCACGCAGCGUAGUCCGUGCAAUUUUGCGGACCAAAUCAAGGGCGCAUUGCUACUGUUACAGGGUACUACUGAUAUGGUGGUUCCAGUUGCACAAGCAAGAAUGAUGGCUGAUGCGAUGCGGGCGCAUGGACGAGUGGCGGAAGUUGUUGAAUUCGAGGGUGAGGGACAUGGAUGGGUGAGCGAGGAUGCGAUUUACGAAUCGUUAACUCGCAAGGAAGAAUGGUGGAAGCGACAUCUUACAUGA